CGCAAGGCCGGAAGCUUUCUGAGGUGACGCACCGCGUGCUCCAGGAGCUCUUCGCGCUGCUGGUGGGGGGCGACGGCUUCGCGCCGCCGCGCAUCCGGGUGCUGGCCGCCGCGCUGGUCCGGGAGCUCUCGGCCGGGGAGACGCCGUACUUCUUCCGGGACAACUUCGGGGGCAACUUCUCGCAGUAUGACCAGAACAAGGUCAAGUACUUCAUGCCAGUGCUCUCCGAGCUGUCCAAUUCGCAUUUGCUCAUCCAGAACAUCUCUAAUUUGGUGGGCUGGUUCAUAGGCGACAACGACCAGCCUGGCCUGAAGACGGUGGCCCUGUCCAACCUCAUCGCCUUGGUCCAGCGCUUCCCCAACGUCUUGGACAAAGAUAAGCACAUCCGACCGAUGGAGGCCAAGUUCCGCCAGAUCCUCACCGGCGCGUCGCUGGAGACGCGCAAGACGACCUCGACCACGCUCUUCGGCGUGCGCAUCGUCUCCACGUCGUCGGCGUGCAACGUGACGGAGGUGGACGGCACGCCGACCAGGGCCUUUUUCACCUGCAUGAGCAAUUCCUACGACUACUCCGAGGACCAGAUCCUGAACGUGCACGUGUUCAGCUCUCUGUACUACUGGGUGUUCCACCUUUAUCAGGCACAGUUCCUCGAGGCCCGCAAGAAGCAGAGCCGCGAGGACAUCGUUUCCAAGCUGGAGCACUUCGGCCUCACCACCCACGACACCGACCGCCCCGAGGCGAGCGCGCACCAGGGCCCCGCGACGCCGUCCCCGCAGUCUGAGGAGUCCGUCCGGAUGAGCCCGAUCGGCCUCUUCACCUUGGACGAGACCUUCCGGGAGGUGGUGAUCAGCAUCUGCCUCCGCAUUCUCUCGCAGGUGGAGCGCGACAUCGUGGCUGAGAACAUCACCCAGAUGCGGCUCGGCUCGAAGUAUGCCAUCUCCGACCUCGACUGGAUGAAGGAGUUCACGGAGGCCACCUCCAUGGAGGCGGUGCGCUUGCUCGACCUCCUGUGCCUCAUGGACCCGUCCCUGGUCUCCUGCAUCUUCCCCGCCGUGAAGAAGGUGUACGAGCGCACCGUCAACCGCCAGAGCGGCCUGGUCUUCUCGGCAGUGCUGCAGUUCUUCGUGAACCACGGUCAGCACGUGAUAUUCGCGCGGAUCCGGUGCUGCAUCACUUCUUCGUCGACUACGUGUCCGUGCGCUACAGGCAGCAGCUUCUCGCCAUGAGCACCCUGCUCUUCCUCACCACGAACACGUCGAAGAUGCUGCUGCACACGCCGGUC